CUCCAUGGCCGCAAACCAACAGCUGCUACUCCAGCAUCCAUCUCUCAUCUUCUUCCUCUUGCAACGAAACGAGCGUCUAGGUUAACAGCUAGCUAAAGAUUCGGACGAUGGCCGUUCUUGUGGCGAGGCAGGGGCGCGAGCUGCAGCGGUACAGCGCGAGCACCGGCGGGCGCAUCGUGGUGGGGUGCAUCCCGUACCGGGUGCGCGCAGGCGGCGACGGCGACGGCGAGGGCGAGCUGGAGGUGCUGGUCAUCAGCUCGCAGAAGGGGCACGGCAUGAUGUUCCCCAAGGGCGGGUGGGAGCUGGACGAGUCCAUGGACGACGCGGCCCGGCGCGAGGCCCUGGAGGAGGCCGGCGUCCGCGGCGAGAUGGGCAAGGUGCUCGGCUGCUGGCACUACCAGAGCCGCCGCUACCAGACCACCUACGAGGGCAUCAUGUACCCGCUCCGCGUCACCGACGAGCUCCAGCAGUGGCCCGAGAUGGCCUCCCGCAAGCGCACCUGGGCCACGGUGCAGCAGGUCAUGGAGGGAUGCCAGCACUGCUGGAUGCGGGAGGCGCUCGAGGAGCUCGUCGCCCGGCACGCCAAGCCGCAGUCCGCCCUGUGAACAGCCAAGCGGGCUGGCGGGGUGACUGGAGCUCGAGCGCGCGCGACUCUCGCGAGAAGAGGCCGGGAGCGAGCACCAACGUCCGUCCGUCCGUCGUCCUCGUCGUCUCUCUCUCCUUUCCUCGGUGCAGCGGCAGGCCUGCCGGCGUGUCCGGUGUCGUACGACGACCGGACCGGAGCAUAUAUUUGGCCGCCCUUGCCGGAGAGACGGGCUGGGAUCGACGAUGGCACGCGCGCGGGCACGCGCGCGUCGACGCUUUCCUGAGGAGGCGCAGAGUCGUCGUGGGCGCGGCAAAUAAUGGGGACGAACUUAGAAAUGUGUGAGGUAGAGAUCGGAAGCGAACGGGGCAGGAAAAAAUGACAAAACAGUGCCGAACGAACAUGUUCACGAUUCUUUCUUUAGGCUCUGGGAGUAAAAGAUCAAUCAAAUUGUAAAUUAAAUUAAGUAGCCGCGUCUUUGUGGCACGCUCAAUCAAUCAAAUGAGGACUAGUAAUACUUACUGUACAA